AUGAACAACGAGCAGUUCCGCAAGCUGAUUGCCGCCAACGGGGCGUCGCCCUCGGGCUCCAAGAAUGGACCGUCUCCCCCGUCCGCGGGCGCCAGCAACAGCAGCGGCGCAGCUCUCGGGUCACGGCAACGGGCCUUUGUGCCCAUGACACCACGCUCGGUAGGAAACGCCCAGGCCGACUUUGCGCGGCAAAUGGCAGAACGUAACCAGGCUCUGCGACCCCAAAAGAAGCACAAGACAUCUGUGCCAAAGGGUUCAAAGCUCGCUGCCGGAUACGUCGACCGCGCGCAGCAGCGACAAGACGAAGCCGAGGACGACCGAGAGGAGCGCCUGAAAGCACUGGAUCAGGCCCUCAAGAGCGGCGAGAUCGACCGAGAGACGUACGACAAGCGCCGGUUCGACAUUGCGGGAGGAAGCCUAGACAGCACGCAUCUCGUCAAGGGCCUCGACUUUAAGCUACUAGAAAGGAUACGGCGAGGCGAGGAUGUCUACGGGAACAAGCCCAAGAACGAGCCGGCCGAGGACGAAGAGCCUGCUGAGGACGACAUCGACGAGGCGUUCAAUGACCUCGAGCACCAAGAAGUGCACGCCAUCGAACGCGAAAAGACACAGAAGAAGGGGCAGUUUUCCACGGUCGCAGUCGAGCCGGGCAAGAAGCGAUCACGGAACCAGAUCCUGGCGGAGCUCAAGGCGGCGAGAGAGGCUGCCAAGGCGCAACAACAGUCAUCACUGGGAAGCAAGUUCAAGAAGAUUGGCGGCGUCAAGCAGAAGCCAGGGACGCGGAUAGAGCGGGACGCCAAAGGGCGGGAAGUGCUCAUCAUUGUCGACGAGGACGGCAACGAGAAGAGAAAGGUGCGCAAGCUCCAGGCGGUGGAAGACGAGGAACCUGCCGAGCCGAAGCAGGACCUCUCGAUGCCGGACCCCACGGCCAAGCCACUGGGUAUGGAAGUGCCAGAGGAGUUCAGAAAGAGGGAGGUGCCAGAGGAAGACAAGGACUUUGACAUCUUUGCUGGCGUGGGCGACGACUACGACCCGCUGGCGGGCAUGGACGAGUCCGACUCGGACUCGAGCGGCUCGGACGAAGAGAAGCCGAAGAAGGAGCCGGCAGACAAACCACCCAAGUCUACCGACGCAGCCAUGAUGCCGCCUCCGCCCGAACCUGCCGGACCCGCUGCACCUCGCAACUACUUCAAGGACUCCAAGACGGGUCUUCUCUCCCAACAGGCGGCCAAGGGCCCGUCCAUGUCGGACGCGGAGAUGAUGGCGGCCAUCAAGAGGGCGGCGGCGCUGCGGCCGAUCGAGGCCGAGGAGGACGCCAAGGCCAAGGAGGCGGCGCGGGCGAUGGAGGAGCGGCGCAAGCGGCUCCUUCAGAGCAGCGCGCGAGACGACGAGGACCUCGACAUGGGCUUCGGCACGAGCCGAUACGAGGAUGAGGAGGACUUUGAUGACGACAAGGUGAAGCUCUCAACGUGGGGUGGCGACGACGGCGGGGACGGGGGCGAGGGGCAAGCGAGGGGCGGGCAGAAGCGCAAGAGGGGGCCCAAGAAGCGCAAGGGUGACGCCAACAGCGCGGCGGACGUGCUGCGGAUCAUGGAGCAGCGCAAGAAGUGA